CAUUGGAACCCCGUAAAAAGUCCUUGUGGGUGGAGUAGAUUUAAUUUGAGAGAUCCAAUGGCAAAAGAAAAUAAUUAAAAAAAAAAAUUCCAAGAAAAUAAGAAUAACUGAAUUUGACAAGAGAACUUAAUUUCAUUUCUAUACAGAGCCUGCUCUACUAGAUCCGCCCCUCUGCACUCCGCAUUUCCUCCCUGAGAAAUGCGAACCUGAAGAUCUAUCCAUCUGUUACCUUUAGAGAGAGAAAGAUACCAAUUUUAGAGAGAGACAGAUAUGGGGUGUACGUUUUCUGGGCUGAAUGCGCUGUACGACGCCGUGAACGGAGGAGCUGACGUUUGGAUCAAUGAGAACAGGUUCAGGAUCGUCAGGCAGCUAGGUGAAGGUGGUUUUGCCUAUGUCUACUUGGUCAAGGAGGUCGUCACUGACUCUUCUGCUUCCCCCGGUGGUGGCGGUGGUGGCCUUGCCAAGAAAGUCAAGGACACUUCUCAUAUUUCUGAUGAUGGAACUUAUGCAAUGAAGAAAGUUCUCAUUCAGAACAAUGAGCAAUUGGAGUUGGUUCGGGAAGAGAUUCGCGUCUCAUCCCUGUUCAGCCACCCCAACCUGCUUCCUCUUCUUGAUCAUGCUAUUAUUGCUGUAAAGGCUAAUCAAGAGGGCUCUUGGAACCACGAGGCUUAUUUGUUAUUUCCAGUUCACUUGGAUGGAACCUUACUGGACAAUUCCAAAGUUAUGAAAGCUAAAAAGGAGUUCUUUUCUACUUCAGAUGUCCUUCAAAUAUUUCGUCAGCUUUGUGCUGGACUGAAACAUAUGCACAGUCUUGAUCCUCCAUAUGCACACAAUGAUGUUAAACCUGGUAAUAUACUUCUCACACACAGGAAAGGACAACCACCUCUUGCCAUAUUGAUGGAUUUUGGGAGUGCUGGACCUGCAAGGAGGCAAAUCCGAUCUCGUUCAGAGGCACUACAGUUACAGGAAUGGGCAUCUGAACAUUGUUCAGCACCCUUUAGAGCUCCUGAGUUGUGGGAUUGCCCAAGUCAUGCAGACAUUGACGAGAGAACUGAUAUUUGGUCAUUAGGAUGCACACUAUAUGCAAUAAUGUAUGGGGUAUCCCCAUUUGAGUAUGCACUUGGAGAGUCUGGAGGAAGCUUACAACUGGCCAUAGUAAAUGCACAAAUAAAGUGGCCAGCUGGGCCUAAUCCUCCAUAUCCAGAAUCUCUACAUAAGUUUGUGACCUGGAUGCUUCAGCCACAGGCAGCAGUUCGCCCUUGCAUCGAUGAUAUUAUAAUUCAUGUUGACAAGUUGAUCUCAAAGUUUUCUCAUUGAUGUGAAGUGGAACAAAAAUGUACUGCAUUGACAAUGCGGCAAUUGGCCAUGCACUUUCAGCAACUAGGUUGUGCAUAAGUGGAUGUGUAUGUUCAAAAUACUUGAAAAUGGCAGUGAAAGAAAAUAGAAGUUCCUUGUUAAAAAGAGUAACAGUUAAAGAGAUUAUUUUUUGUUUUUUUUUUUGGGCGUAGUUUUGGAUGUUAGUGUAUCGUUGUCACAGCUAUUUAAUUUUAUGUUCUGUAGUAAUUUAUGAAAAGAUCAUCCCGUGCCAACCCAAUAUUCAAUUUCUUAGAUGAACAAUGAUAAUCGGUGAUAAUUGCCCAUUUAUGUA